AGUUAUGUCAAAUCCAGCUGAUCAACACCAUCUGCCGAAAGUAUUGCAAAGUAUAAAUGAAAUAUCUGUUAACACGCUGGGAAUGAAUGAUUCGUAUUUAUUAUUGUAUUUGGUUUUGUUGCUCUUAUGAAAUCUGCUGUUUCAGCAGUUCGAUUUCUUUUUCUUUCGAAAAGUUCCAAGAAUUGUUCUGUUGUUAGCAUUCGGCAGUUGACAGUUGGCAUGUGUUGAUGUGUUGUGUCGAUGCAUCCGUACAUCACGUCAAACCGAGGCGAUACCGUGUACCGAAAAUAUUGAAAGUUAUCAAAAUUCCAAUAAAUUAUGGAUAGUUUGUGGCGAAAGGAAGCGAAUCGUGUCGAAUCGUUGUAUAUCAAUCUCUUCAAGUCCACCGAUAGCCAAUUCGUUGACGAAACCAAAAAAUGGGAUGAACAUGUGCAAACUCUCAAAUCAAAACACAGUGAAGUGCCGGCCAAAAACAAUGAAAAGUCAUCCGAACUGAUUCGCAAAGGUAGUGAACUAUUUUGCAACAAACAGUUUUACCAUGCAAUGGAAUUGUACACCAAAGCAUUGUGUUACGCUGAAGUCGGCACGGAAAAUGAGUCAAUGGCAUUUGCGAGUCGAGCAAAGUGUUUUUUCUACAUGAAAAUGUACCAGCAAGCGAUGACAGACAUUGAACUCGCACUCGAAGCCAACUGCCCCGCAGAAAUGAUUGUCAAAUUGGAAAAAUUGCGAGCCGAUUGCCGAAAGGUAGUGAUAUCAAAUUCGAAUGAACUGACAGAGCCAAAGCGGAGCUUCACAGACGAUCGGAAUUUUCCAUGCAUUGCCAACACAUUGACAAUCACCAACAAUACUCAAUUUGGACGUCAUUUAGUAGCGAAAUGUGAUAUCGAUGUGGGGCAAAUGGUGUUGAUGGAGCAAAGUUUUGCAUCGGUCGCAAAGUCCGAUGAGCAAAUGACAUGCUACAAUUGUUUGACAGAAGUGGCCAAUUUCAUCGCGUGUUCAAAAUGCUCCGAUGUGGUUUUUUGCAGCAACAAAUGUUUGGAAGAGAAUCUUGUGCACCAGUUGGACUGCAACACACCGUACCAUCGUAUGCAUUGCAAGGCAAAAUUCACCAUUCAAACGAUUUUAAUUGCAGUCGCAGCAUUCCCGAACAUCGAUGAUUUGAUUGAAUGCGUUGAAGCCGGCGAAAAAGAUGACGUUUUGCCCGAAUCUAUUACGGACUUACAAUCAAAAUAUCGACUGUAUUUGAGGCUGAAAAAGUUACCACUGAAUGCGAAUGUUGUGCUAGACGUGUAUAAGCUGUUCAAAAGCAUCAUGAUUAUUCCAUCCAUCGAACGAGCAUUCGAUUCAGAGGGAAAACAACGAUUUUUGAUGCAUUUGAUACUGCAUCACUUGGCCAUCAAUGUAACAAACGCAACCGAAAGUGAAUACACCGCCUCAAUCGGCACCGUUUUGUCACUGCUCAAUCACUCGUGCGCUCCGAAUCUCUACAACUAUUCCGUUGACAAUCGAAAAUUCUGCGUCACAAUUCGACCGGUGAAAAAAGGUGAACAACUCUUCAUUAGCUAUUUGGGACCAGAUGACGAGCAAACGGCAAAGCAGCGACAGCAUUUACUCAAAACCAAAUGGAAUUUCGAAUGCAAAUGCGAUAAAUGUGAACCGCGCGGUCAAAUCGCUGACAGUACGAAAAUGAAAUUGGAUCCAUGCUUCAAGUUUAUUCAACGCACCUUCAAAACGGAUCAAGUCGACAAUAUGAACACAUCGGCUGUCAAGAAGAAAUGUAUCAAAUUUCUUACCAAGUACGGACACUUGCCAUUUUCAAAUGAACUGAAAUACAUUUCUGAUAUUUAUACGACAUUGAUUUAGAGUAUGUUUAACAAUACGUAGAAUGAUACGAUUUUCUUGUAGUUUAACAUCAUUGUGAUGCAAAAUCUUUAGAAAGAGUUACCUCAUUCUUGUUAAAUGACGACAAUUGAUUUACGACAAUUUCAUUGUUUCUAAAUGUUAAAAUAAACGAAUAUUAUGACAAUUUAAUGGA